AGUCGGUCAACAGUUAACAGGGAAACGAGUUACUGCGAAACACCGGACUUGAGCCAACAGUUAGCAUGUCUGAGAAGGAGCUGGGGAAAAAGUGGGACCGGUGCCUGGCAGAUGGUGCCAUUAAACUCGGUACCGGGUUGGGAUUAGGAGUCGUCUUUUCAGUUCUGUUCUUCAAACGUCACACGUGGCCCAUCUCACUGGGCUCGGGGGCGGGGCUCGGCAUGGCGUACGCCAACUGUCAGAACGACCUGAGGGCCCAUUACCUGCAGCACAGGAGUCAAAAGCAGGAGCAGUAGCUGCAGGACACAAAGGGACUGUCUCUAUUUUUCAUUAAUUUGCACUGUUCUACAGUUUGGAUCCCUCCCUUGUAUGAGUCUGUUUAUUAUAUGUGUGAUCAGGACAGUCUGUGUUUAUUUAAUAAAAUGCUCAUAAGAACA